ACAUUUUCUCAAUGACCAGGACAUGAAUUUGAUGAAUUUUGUAAGAUUAAAAUAAAUUGUCGUUAAAAGUGAUUGUAAUACUGAGGAUCCUUUGAUAUUUCGUUGUAUCGGUUUAUUUUAUUUGUUUGUCUUCUUAUCUCAUUCCGUAAUGCCUUCAUAAACCCAUUGCACGCGUUCGAGGAGCGAACCACAAAUUAACUAAACUGCGUCUCAUUAAAAUUUCUAUAUACCGUUAUCAUUGUAGAUAUUGGUAACAUGUAAUUAUAUCGCAAAUUGCUGACGGCGCUUAGUAAUUUUAGUACAUUACAGAAGAACAAUAACAGGCAUGCUAAAUAUAACUUAAGGCUCUCCAAAGUCACUACUUCAAGUUUAGCAUUUGAGAUAUCCCUAAUUAUAACUGAGGAUUCCACUAUAUUGCCGAACCCAGUGUGCGAUGAUUGCUUGUAUGGGCAUUCUAUUUACGGUCGCCAUAAUACUUACAGUGAUAUACGUGAAAUGGAGGUACACGUACUGGAAAAGGAGAAACGUUCCACAACUGUCGCCAAGUUUACCCUUUGGAGACAUGGAAAACCCGCUCGCACGUAAACAUGGCGUCGGAGAAUUGAUAGCGGUUUUCUAUAGAAAAUUUAAAGAAAGUGGCGAGAAACACGCCGGCGUCUACGUUUUUGCAUCUCCAAAUUACCUACCCAUCGACCCGGAACUAAUAAAAAAUAUCAUGCGGAAAGAUUUCCAACAUUUUGUAGAUCGCGGAUUUUACUACAACGAAAAAGAUGAUCCUCUAAGCGCCAACCUCUUCAGCAUUGGCGGUCAAAAAUGGAAGAACCUGCGCGCUAAGCUUACGCCGACCUUCACUUCGGGUAAGAUGAAGAUGAUGUUUGAUACUCUGGUGGAAUGCACUCAUCCAAUGGAGGAACUUAUGGCAAGUUAUUUUGUCAACAAGGAAACGAUUGACAUUGGAGAUGUUUUUUCGCGUUUUACGGCGGAUGUUAUUACUUCUUGCGCCUUUGGUUUGGAGUGCAACAACUUUAAAGGUGACGAUACGAAGUUCCGUGCCCACGGUAAAAAUAUACUGGCUCCACGAAGCAAAGCAACAACAUUACAAGUUUUGUUUGCGGCGGCACUACCGAAGUUGGCUAACAAACUGGGGAUAAUCUUCAUUCCUAAGGAGAGCUCUGCUUUUUUCUUCGACGUUGUUAAAGACACCAUUAAGUACAGGCGAGAAAAUGGCGUGCAACGCAAAGACAUGUUACAAAUUUUAAUGGAACUUCAAGAAUCGAAUGUCAACGCAUUAACAAUACAAGAAAUUGCAGCUCAAGCUUUAAUGUUUUUCCUUGCCGGUUUUGAAACUUCUUCUUCUACUAUGAAGUUUUGCCUUUACGAACUAGCAACCAAUGCAGAUAUACAGGAAAAAGUGCGGGACGAAAUUAAUCAGGUUUUAAAACAACAUGGCGGAAAACUUACUUACAAUGCGAUCACUGAAAUGAAGUACAUGGCUCAAGUUAUCGACGAGACACUAAGGAAGUAUCCACCUCUGACCUUCAUAACACGGAAAUGCAUCAAAGAUUACGUUGAACCAAGCAGUGGGGUUACGAUAGAGAAGGGCACCAAGGUACACAUUCCCGUAUUGGGCUUACAUAUGGAUCCGGAGUAUUUCCCCGAUCCUGAAAAGUUCGAUCCGGAGAGGUUUUCCGAAGAGAACAAGCACAGAAUUGUUCCCUUCACUUACAUUCCCUUUGGCGAAGGUCCUCGCCAUUGCGUUGGUAUGAGGUUCGGAAUGAUGCAGACCAAAGUUGCUCUAACCUGUUUGUUGAGAACUUAUUUAUUUACCGUCAGUCCGGAAACACAAAUUCCGCUCAAAUGGAGUAAAUACAGCUUGCUUCUCACAACGGAAAAUACAAUAUGGCUAAACAUUGAUCGAGUCUGUUGAGUGUUGUUUAUUUGUUUCAAGUUUGCCUACAAUACUUAUUAAAGUACUCGGAAAACGCAUAAUUAAAUAUAUUCACUCAUCAA